GCAGAGAAUGCACCAAAUGGACCAGAAUGUGGCUAUGGUUCUUUCCACCAGCAGUAUUGGCUGGAUGGGAAGAUAAUUGCUGUUGGUGUUGUUGAUAUCCUGCCCUACUGUGUGUCCUCUGUCUACCUGUACUAUGAUCCAGACUAUUCUUUCUUAUCUUUGGGAGUCUACUCUGCAUUACGAGAAAUCGCUUUUACCAGGCAGCUCCAUGAGAAAGCUCCUGAUCUCUGUUUUUAUUACAUGGGUUUCUACAUUCAUUCAUGCCCCAAAAUGAGAUACAAGGGUCAGUACAGGCCCUCUGACUUGUUGUGCCCAGAGACAUAUGUCUGGACGCCUAUUGAGCAAUGUCUGCCUCUGCUUGAGCACUCAAAGUACUGCCGAUUCAACCAGGAUGGAAAAGCAGUUGAUGAAGGUCGGAUCAAGGAACUGGGCAGGGUGAGAGUACUCCACAAGAGAAUUGUCAUGCCUUACAGUGUGUAUAAGAAAAGAAGGAAGGGGCCAAGCGACGAAGCCAGUGUCCAGCAAUAUGCAAGUCUGGUUGGACAGACCUGUUCAGAAAGAAUGUUGUUGUUUAGAAGUUGA